AUGCUUGUGGAGGUUGCCAAUGGCCCCACCACCUUACCGGCGGUAUCUUCUUACUUCAUGCAGAAAGUCCACGGCCUCCGCGCGACGGAGAAGCGCAAGUUAGACAACUUCCAGCGGCUGGAGGCUCAACGAAACGAGCUCAAUCGCCGUGUUCGCCACCUCAAGGAGGAGGUUCAGCUCCUUCAAGAGAGCGGCUCCGUCGUCGGGGAUGUGGUGAAGGUUAUGGGGAAGUCCAAGGUCCUCGUCAAGGUGGGGAGCGGGCAAGGGAAGGUCGUCGUGGAGGUGGAGAAGAACAUCAACAUCAGCGACCUCACGCCGAACACCCGGGUGGCGCUGCGGAGUGGCUCCUCCGCGAUUCAUUACAUCCUCCCGACGAAGGUAGACCCUUUGAUCUCUCUCAUGAAGGUGGAAAAAGCAGGAAAGGAGUCGACCUACGACGAGAUCGGCGGCCUUUCACGGCAGGUGAAGGAGAUCAAAGAGGUGAUUGAGCUUCCCGUGAAGCAUCCGGAGCUUCUUGAGGCGCUUGGCAUCGCGCAGCCCAAAGGGGUGCUGCUUUACGGGCCACCGGGAACGGGAAAGACGCUGCUCGCUCGUGCGGUAGCGCAUCACACGGAGUGCACCUUUAUCCGUGUGAGUGGGGCGGAGCUCGUGCAGAAGUACAUCGGCGAGGGCGCGCGGAUGGUCCGAGAGCUUUUCCUGAUGGCGCGUGAACACAGCCCGUCGAUUAUUUUUAUGGAUGAGAUCGACUCCAUCGGCUCCACCCGGAUGGAGGCGGGGCCGCUCGGGGAUAGCGAGGUGCAGCGCACGAUGCUCGAGCUUCUUAACCAGCUUGACGGCUUCGAAUCGACACAGAAUAUUAAGGUGAUUAUGGCGACGAAUCGGAUGGAUAUCCUCGAUGAGGCGCUGCUUCGACCUGGGAGGAUUGACCGUAAGAUUGAGUUCCCCCCGCCAGAUGAGGCGGCACGGCUGGAGAUUCUCCGGAUUCACUCGCGGAAGAUGAACCUCACGCGCAGCAUUAACCUCAAGGCGAUUGCGGAGAAGACGCCCAACUGCUCGGGCGCGGAGAUUAAGGCGGUUUGCACGGAGGCGGGGAUGUUUGCCUUGCGCGAGCGGCGGGUUCACAUCACGCAGGAGGAUUUCGAACUUGCGGUCGCGAAGGUGAUGCACAAGGAUCAGGAUAAGAAUAUAUCCCUGAAGAAGAUGUGGAAAUGA